CUGGAAGAAUACAUACAACAUGAAGUUUGCAGCAGUCUUUUGCGUUCUCAUCGCACUCUUUGGCCGCUCUCUGGUCGCCUUGCCUUACAGAUGUACUCGACUGCCAGCAUCAGAGGGCUACGGAGCUUAUAUUUGCCUCCAAAUAGUUUCCCGCUGGACAUACUGCUAUAGAGAAAAUGUGUGCAAACUCUUUUACUAUGGCGGAUGCGGCGGUAAUAUAAAUAAUUUCCGAACACUAGGGGAGUGCGAGAGAACGUGCGUUCAAAGGGGUGCCGGAAGGUAAAAUAGAUUAAAGCGAAAGCUUAGAUAAUGAUAUUCCGGAUUAGUCUG